CGGCGCCAUCAACGUUGAUGUACCAUACAGUUUGUUAGAAUCUACCAUCUGAGCUGGCAGAAUGGACGAGAAACUCCAAUGUAAUUUCUUUGUGAAGAAGAGAAAAAGGCUUUGCAGACUUAUCCCAGGCAAAGGAAAAAGAUACUGUGGAGAGCACAUGCAUCUAGAAUUCAGCGGAAAUCAGAAUGGAGUUGAUCAGCCCAAUACUACAGAGCGAAUACCAUGUCCCUAUGACCCUCACCAUACUGUUGCAGUGAAACAACUUGCCAAACAUGUCAAAGUAUGCAACUCAAGACCCAAAGAACAACCAAUCUAUUACGAGAAAGGCAUCAAUGCUGGAUCUACUGAAUAUGAUCAGGAUUUACAAACAAUGCGUCUGGCUGAUUUUUCUCUCAGUGAGCUUCAAAAAAUCAUAUCGAAAGUGGAGUCUGUGUUUGCAGAUCAUGUUGGUGAUAUAGAGACUGAGAUCCUCCAUCAUGAUUCAUUGAAAGCUGAUCUAGAGAACCCAGACAACGGAGUAUCGGCCAGGAAACACCUUCUUCAGCUAGACUCACUCCUGGGCCACAUGGAAAGAUUGAAUCUUCUUCAGCCGAAGACAUGCUAUGUGGAGUUUGGAGCUGGUCGAGGUAGACUGUCACAACAAAUCCAGCAAGCCAUGAGUGACUUGGACCAAACUAGUUUUCUACUUAUUGACAGGGCUUCGGUCAGACACAAGAGAGACUCACUGUACAAGGGGGAAAGUGGAGGACACCAAUAUGAACGCAUCAAUAUGGAUAUAGAGAACCUUGUCUUGGGGCAAGUACCAACUGUGUGUAGCCAUAAAGAGAGACCAGUGGUGGCCUACACAAAACAUCUCUGCGGUGUAGCUACAGAUCUAGCUUUGAGAUGCCUUAUGGAAACCCGAUCAGAGCGCAAACAAAAUACCCAAGCCAAAAUGAACCGAUUCACAGACAAAGACAUUUCCAAGCUCUCAGAAAAUAUCACUCAACAGACUCCUUCCGGUGCUGUUAAGUCCAGUAAUAAUGAAAGUAGUGAUAGUAGCCUUGUCCUGAGUGAGAAGGAAACGACUGAUGCACAAUCCAUCAAUGGACAAAACACUUCUCUAAGUGAUCCUGGACAAACGGCAGAUGAAAACUCGGGUGGAAAUCGCAAGGUUCUGGAAGCAGAAGUAGGAGAUCAAAGCAUAGUGCUUCCAUUCGUGAGGGGGGUCGUCAUGGCACUGUGCUGUCACCAUCGUUGUUCAUGGAGAACUCAUAUUGGGAAGCAGUUCUUUCGGGAAGUUGGUAUCACAGAGAGGGACUUCAUGGCUCUGGUAAGGAUGAGCAGCUGGGCCACAUGUGGAAGCAGACUUGCUAAGGAAGAGAAAGCGGAUGAGGUUAGGAGGGACGGAGGGAAGGUUGCAAGUGAAGAUGGAACGAUGGAAACUCCAGCAGGAUCUGAAACUGUAGAAGAACUGGACAGGAUUAAAAGGAAAGAGAGGAUAGGAGAGGCUUCCGACAUUCCAGCAGAGCAAGAGUCCAUCGUGAGUUCUCUGGGCCUGUCUGUUCCAGAACGUGAAGAGAUUGGCUUCAAAUGCAAGCGUAUCUUAGAUAUGGCAAGACUGUCCUAUCUGAAGGCCCUAGGAUUGGACGCUAAACUGGUAUACUAUGUAGAGAGAAAUAUAUCCCCAGAGAAUGCUGUACUUAUUGCCAUGCCAUCACAUCUAUGAUUGUUGUUGUUUUCUCCUUUGUGCUUUUUACAUUUUGUUUUUAAUGCAAUGUAUUUCUUAAUUGAUGAUAAUAGCAAUGAUGUUAGUUCAUGUUGUUAUCGUAAUAUCAA